AUGUAUAAACUAGCCUAUACAGAAAUAGGCAAAACUAAAUAUUGUUUGGGCCUAGAUCGGAUUCAAAAUAUCUUUACCGGGUUUAUAAAAACCCGGCCUGGCGCGGUCCAUUCCGAAGAUAUUAUAAAAGUUUGA